CUGCCGGCGCUGCAGUCGGGCCAGAGGGCGGCUCGCAACAAGUCCGGUCCACCCUCGCCUCGGCCGCGCGGCCUGCCUAGCGCCCUUGGCCCCGGCCUUGGGGCCCCGGCCUUGGGCCCCGGCCACGCUCUUGCGUCACGCGAAGGGCUGCUGGGCCCCGUGGGGUAGGGUGCCCGCGGGUCCUCCUGCCUCCGUGGCGGCCGCCUGGCGUGCCCAUGCCUGCGGCCUUGUGCGAGAUUUCGGCGGUCCGUGAUGGCGCGCGGGCGAGCCAGGCGCGCGCACAGGACAGCCGGGAUAGCGGGGCUCCGCCGAGCUCUGGGGACAGCUAGGCCGCCAUCUUGUUGUGACGUAGGCCAUCAUGGCGGCCCCCCAACAAGCAAGUGAGUCGACUCCACUGCGAGAGCGAGUCUUUCAAGAUGGACUUGAUUUUGGACGUCAACACAUGGCUGUACAACAUGGAACUUGGGGACAAGUUCCGCUUGGUGCUGGCUACGACCCUCCGUGAGGAUGGCUACCCGGACAGUGGAGAAUACAACCCUCUGGACUCCAUGGAGAGCGGGCGCGCUUCCAGCUUUGAAUACGUCAUGUUCGGCAAGGUGUACCGCAUCGAAGGAGAUGACACGUCCAACGAGCCCUCGUCCAGACUAGCGGCGUAUGUGUCGUUUGGAGGACUUCUGAUGCGUCUGCAAGGAGACGCUAACAAUCUGCACGGCUUUGAAGUUGAUCAGAGCAUGUACCUGCUAAUGAAGAAACUUGCGUUCUAGAGUGAUGUUCAUAAAAAACUGAAAAUUAUAUUUUGUACCUGAAGCUCGUAAGAGCGGCGAUGAGUUGUGUAUCGUAUGUGUGAAUAACAAUGCAGCAGGGGUAUUUACUGUGAAUUUAAAAUAAAACAUCCAUCUAAGAA